AUGAGAGGACUUCUUUUUUUUCGUUCCAACAUCAUCUUCCAAUGUAGAAAUAUCCAUAAUGUCCAACCUGUCAAAUUGAGCUACAAUAUUUUUGGAGAUCCAUCAACAGAUCGCGUACGUCCGCCUCUGGUCAUCCUACACGGCCUUUUUGGACAAAAAACCAACUGGAAUAGCGUCGGCAAAGCUCUCCAACGUCGGCUAAAAGGAGUAGUGUAUUGUGUUGAUUUAAGAAACCAUGGAUCAUCUCCACGAGCGCCUUCCAUGACAUAUGCUGAUAUGGCGGCUGAUGUAGCUGAAUUCAUUAGAGAUCGAAGAACGGAAUGUGGAUUCGACAAAGUCAACCUUCUUGGUCACUCAAUGGGAGGAAAAACCGCAAUGCGCCUCGCUGUAGAGCCUAUCAGCGCAAGUUUAAUCAAUAAGUUGAUUGUAGAGGAUGUAUCACCGAAAGGAUACUCCUCUAGUCAUAUCAAAUUCCGCGAUUAUAUUAAAGCAAUGAGGAAUGUUGAUUUACGGAAGACAAGGAGAGAAAUACUUGAUGCUCUGGAGCCUGCAGUUCCAGAGUUAGCAGUUCGUCAGUUUCUCAUAACAAAUCUGCAACCUAAAGGCGACGGAAGCCUCGAAUGGAAAUGCAAUAUGGAUGUUAUUGACAAAUACGUUGAAGAUGUGCUUGGUUUUUCUGUCCCGUCGGGCGCUUUCAGAGGGAAAACUUUGUUUCUCUAUGGAGCUAUUUCUGGUUACGUUCCAGACUCGGAUCGACCGCUCAUACGUUGUUUGUUCCCUCUAGUAGAAUUUGAAUCAAUUGCAAACGCAGGACAUUGGGUACAUGCCGAGUAUCCCAAUGAGUUCAUAGAUUCCAUCAGUCGCUUUUUAGACUAG